UGAAGUCCGAUUCCUAUUCCAAAAACUACAUAGUGGCAAUGUCUUCAACAUAUUAAGAUAAAUCAAAGGGAAGAUUGCCCAAGUAUUUUAAACUAGAUUACACUGCGCGCUUUGCAGACAAGCUCCAGAACUUGCUGUUUAUAUAAAGUUUGUAUUAGAGUCUUAUUUUUAAAUGUUAAAGCAUACGGACGGUAAACCUAUGACACCUCUAGUGAGCUCGGACCGGUGCUGCAGAUGGGCGGCAUAGGCAGGAAUUUGUAUCUCAAUAUGUUGAAUGGAACAGACGCGCAAAGUUUCGCCAAAGACGCAGAAUUAACCAGCCACCUGCACCGAAACCGCGACUUAACGGACUUCAAAAUGGGCAUCCAAGACACGAGGUUUUACUACCAGGACUCGAUUCCAAACGGACAGGACAGUUUGACGUUGCCGUUCCACGCUGAGCACCACCAAAGUACGGGAGCGCAGACAGGGAGGUUUUACACACCGGCUCCGCUCGGCAGCUGUCACUUCACCAGCCGGAGCGGGACGGGACACACUUACGUUCCAGCCGGAGCCGAUGCGUAUUCUUCAGCCAACGGUAAAGACGUGUACCCGAGCAGCGCAGACAGCUACACGGCGUCUUUUCAGCACGGGUACCCGCGAGCACCGAUGUACACUUUACCUGGUCUACAGGUGUCCGGGAAGACACAAGUGCUCCUCAACAACUACCCGCUAUGGGCAAAGUUCCACAAGUAUCAGACAGAGAUGAUCAUAACGAAACAGGGACGGAGGAUGUUCCCUUUCCUCAGCUUUAACAUCAGCUCACUGGAUCCCUCGGCUCAUUAUAACAUAUAUGUGGACGUGGUUCUCGCUGACCAGCAUCACUGGAGAUACCAAGGAGGCAAAUGGGUCCAGUGUGGAAAGGCAGAAGGCAACAUGCCAGGAAACAGAAUGUAUAUGCACCCAGACUCUCCCAACACUGGGAAUCACUGGAUGAGACAGGAAGUUUCCUUUGGCAAACUGAAACUUACAAAUAACAAAGGCAGCUCUAACAACGUAGGACAGAUGAUAGUACUACAGUCGCUCCAUAAAUACCAACCACGACUUCACAUCGUGGAGGUAAAGGAGGAUGGAACGGAGGAUACCUUCCUGACCUCUAAAACUCAGACGUUUGUCUUCCCUGAGACUCAGUUCAUUGCCGUCACUGCCUACCAGAAUGCAGAUAUCACCCAGCUGAAAAUAGAUCAUAACCCGUUUGCUAAAGGUUUCCGGGACAAUUAUGACACGCUGUACGCACCUCCUGACUCGGACCGCCUCACGCCUUCCCCAACCGAAAGCCAGCAGCUCCUUUCAGGCGGUUGUUACUCUCACCAGCCGUACCUGUCUGACCAGUACAUGAGUCCCCUGUCUCAGAGUCGUUUCUACACCCGCGAGCCUGUCAGCAUGACCCAGCAGUGCCCCAAAGACCCCACCGCCAGCCCUCACAGCCGCUGGUACCUGUCCAGCCAGCAGGGGGUGCCGCCGAACCGCCUCGACUUCAACGCGUACGAGAGCGAAUACCCUUCCAACAGCCUCUACAAACCCUUUCCGCUUCAGACGUCACCUCACCACCCGCUGGGCUACUACCCUGAAAGCCACUUUGCCUCCGGGGCGGUGUCCGGCUCCAACCCAGGGCCGUGGAGCUCAGGACGUCCCUCAACGCAGUACCUAAAUCACCCACACCACAGUAAACCCGGGUCUAGCAUCGGCUGGUUCCGAACCAUCUCAUCCCCAGCUGCGUCGUCAUCUCCCUCAGCAGCGAACUCGCGCUUCCACCCCUCCCCGUCGCUCCUCGAGCCCCAGCGCCUGCCACUUCUCCAAGAGAAGUCCAAAGAGUCCGGGGAGGACACCUGGAUGGAAGCCCCCUCGGUUAAAUCGGUAGACUCUGCCGACUCAGGUCUGUUCGAGGGAGGAGAGAACAAGAAGAGGCGAGUGUCGCCUUAUACGUCCAGCACGGAAAAUUCCCCUCCUAACCGCAGCGCAGAGGCUUGCGAAAAGGACAAUUGCAGUGAUGCGGGCUACUACGGCUUCUACACCCACUGAAGAGCAACAAUCAGACUGCGCUCCUAGUACUGUCUUCCACCCACCGUCUGUCUGCAUGACCCGAGACACAGAGAUCAAGCUCUCUGUGAUAGUAGCUACAGUGCCAGGUGUUAGCUGGCCCCUCUGUGCUUUGUGUUCCCUGUGUUAGAUGUUUGGGGGUCAUGUGGAGGUGUUCUGAAGGUCACGGUCGCACAAAAGAUGAAGACGAUGUGACUGCGCUGAGACAGUGGCCUGGAGACACACAGACGGACAGACCUGUGUGACUUUAGCAGCUGAAGAUUUCACCGCACACCUGCUGACACUCCCCCAAAGGAACUGUCUCUGUCCCCCUCAUCAGACUCGAAAAACACCUCACAAAAACCCACGCGCCACAAGCACACUCGAACAAACAAUCAAAUCGUUCUUGUCACAUUCUUUAAAAACGUGGACUUAAAGAGAUGGUUCACACAAAAAUGAAAAGUCUGUCAUUAUUUACUCGCCCUCAUGUCGUUCCAAACGCACAUUACUUUCUUAUUUUCUGUGUAACACAAAGAAGACAUUUAAGAAAUUACAACAAAGCACUUCUAAACUUCAAAGACGCAAAAGGCACCGUAAAAGUAGUUCAUACAACUCAUGUGUUACAUGUCAAGAUUUGGAUGAGAAACAGACAUGAAAUUUAAAUCUGGUAUCUGGUGUUCGCAAUUCGGACACGCUUGUUCUUUCAUGAACGCACCAAAGGAGAGUCAGAGCGGAUGAAUGAUGAUUUAAUGAGUCUGUUUCUCAUCCAAAGCUAUCGUAUGGCUGCAGAAAACCUGGAAUUUUGUGCACAAGCCUUUUAAUUGGUCUCUAAAUGACAUGAAUU